UAGUAGAUCUGCGAAGGCAGGUUCAGAUUUUGGGGACCUGACGAAUGAAAAUUGUUCAGAAGAGAAUCUAGCUGGUUGUGUCAACAAUGAAUGGCAGUGCUAGACGAUAAGUAGAACGAUCACCAUUACGUUAGGCUGGCCACGUGGUUUGGAGGAGGAAGCUGCUUCGCGUCGACCCCAAGAACGAAAUAGUUGAUGUGCACAAGUCUUCGAUUUGGAAACCUUUGCGGCGACGCAUUCCGAUUGACCCUGGUAAUGACGCUGGGUUGCGCAUAUAUCCACAUGGGAAGGAUGGACUAAUACUCACUGCUACCUCAACCAGUGAAUUUCUCUGCGGCUGACUGAAAUCUGGAGCGAUAGCAGUUACUGCCUAAACUCAGUGAUGUGGUCGAGCAAGGAGCCGAUCCCGGCCCUGAGUGGCCUACCAGAGCCCGGCUCACGGUGGGAGCUCAUUGAGAAGAUUGGCAGCGGCACGUUUGGCGAGGUUCACAAAGCGAGAGACUUCACCUCCGGAGCGAUGGUGGCAGUAAAGAUAAUGAUCUGUGAGAGUGACAAGGAACAGGAGCUGGAAAUGGAGGUCAACAUAUUCAAGAACUUCUGCUCGCCUGGCACCUCUCAUCCCAACCUGCCGACAUUCCACGGAGCGUUCAUACAGCGCAGUGAGGAACGCUAUGAGCUGGAUAGACUGUGGCUUAUCAUGGAGCUCUGCCGCAGUGGAUCAAUGUCUGAGUUGGCCAAGGCGAUGGUGAAGCAGAACAAGACACUGUCCGAGGACGUGAUCGGUUACGUCAUGAAAGAAACACUCAAGGCACUGGUCUUCCUCCAUUCUCAUGACAUCAUCCAUCGUGACGUGAAAGGUGGUAACAUACUACUUACUCAUGACGCACACGUCAAGCUUGUCGACUUCGGAGUUUGCGCGCAACUGAAGGAGAAAGAACAGAAAAGAAACACGUCCAUUGGGACCCCGUACUGGAUGGCGCCAGAGGUGAUUGCAUGUGAGCACUACCUCGAGGCGGAGUACGAUGCACGGUGUGAUGUAUGGUCGUUCGGCAUCACGCUGAUCGAGCUGUGCGACUCCCGUCCUCCCCUGCACACUGUGCCUGUCAACGAAGCCAUCUUCAAGAUACCCAGGGCUAGUCCACCCACCGUUAAGCAGCCAACUCAGUGGUCCACUUCUCUGAAUGACAUCAUCAGCAGGUGUCUGGUUAAGAACUAUGAGAAGCGGCCAUCCAUCCAAGACCUGUUCGACAUCGACUUCAUGAAAAAUGUGCCAUCAAAUACGAAGCCGACAAGGCGUCAGCUCAUGGCUGCUGUGGAUAUGGCCAAUGGCGGUGAUGGUGAUGGUGCUGGUGACGGUAGUGAUGGCAACACUUCAGGCGAGGACACUGCAGACAAGACUGAUGGCGACAUGACGCUGCGCAGUGGUCGGAGAGUGGGGGAUGAGCUGGUCAACGACCUGACCAAGCUGGAGGUUCUGGAUGAGUCCGUGCUGCUGCAUCAUCUGGCGAAGCGCUACGCCAAGAACAUCAUCUACACCAACAUCGGUGACAUCCUGCUGGCUAUCAAUCCCUUCCAGACGCUCAGCUUCUAUGAUGAAAAGACGUCCGACCUGUACCGAGAGCGAGUGGAUGAUCACACAAUGCCGCCGCAUGUCUACACGAUAGCCGGACAGUGUUAUCAGGACAUGAUGGUGCAGCGGCGCAACCAGUGCUGUGUGAUUAGCGGAGAAAGCGGGUCUGGCAAGACAGAAACUGCCAAGUACCUAGUCCAGCAAUUCACUAAACUUGGAAAGGCUAUAAAUCAGAACCUGGAGAGUGGAAUCCUCAAGGUCAACCCGUUAUUUGAAGCCUUUGGAAACGCUAGCACCGUGAUGAACGGCAACAGCAGUCGCUUUGGAAAGUACCUGAUGCUCAGCUUCCUGCCGACUGGUCACAUUGUCUCAGCACAAGUUUCGCAGUACCUCCUCGAGUCGUCGCGAGUUGUUUUCCAAGCACCUGGAGAGAGGAACUUUCACAUCUUCUACUAUAUGUACGCGGGCCUGAGUGAGCGUUCCUUACUAAAUCGCUAUCAGCUCAUCAAUAUCAACCAGCACAGGUAUCUGAGGUCCUCCCAGUCCGAGGUGAAGCAGUCAGCAGAAAGCAACCGUGCUGCAUUCAAAGACAUUCUCAAGUGCUUCAGCGUCAUGGCUUUCUCGGACAUGGAAGUUGAUAAUAUCAUUCACAUCCUGGUAGCCAUACUGCACAUCGGCGAUGUACAGAUCAGAGCGGAUACCUUCGCCAGCGCAUCACACGGCAUCGAUGCCAGCAUCGUUGCCAAUCCGGACAAACUGCCUGUCGUUGCAUCACUUCUUGGUCUGCGGACGGAUGACAUUGUUCAAGCCCUAACAACCAGUGUUGUCACAGCAAAAGGUGAGGCCAUUGUACGGCCCAACACUGUGGAGGAUGCUGAGGACUGUCGGGAUGCCAUGGCCAAGGAGCUGUAUGGAAGGUUGUUUAGCUGGCUGGUGAACCGCUGCAACAAACAUCUUCAGUCCAAGCGUCAACAACACUCUGAGCUCCUGGAGGUCGGAAUCCUGGACAUAUUUGGCUUUGAGGACUUCAAGACCAAUGGAUUUGAGCAGCUGUUCAUCAACAUCACAAAUGAGCAAAUCCAGUACUAUUUCAAUCAGCAUAUCUUUGCUAUGGAACAGGCGGAAUAUACCAGUGAAGGCAUCUCGGCAAGUUCUGUCCCGUUCUUGGACAACUCUCCGUGUUUGGCAAUGUUCUUGCAGAAGCCAUUGGGAAUGCUGGCAUUGCUGGAUGAGGAAAGUCGAUUUCCGAAGGCUACCGACAACACUCUGAUAGACAAGUUCCACACACACUUGAAAGACAGUGAGUUCUACAAAGCGCCACGGGACAACUCUUGUCAGUUCACGAUCACUCACUAUGCUGGAAAGGUAACAUACCAGGUUGCCUCGUUUCUGGAGAAGAACAGAAACACGUUGCCGGUGAAGAUGACAGAGCUACUGUUUCAAGCAGGCAACAAUCUUGUACAGCAGCUGUUUGAUGUCAAGCUCACGAAAACUGGAAACUUGCCGCCUCAAGCAUCGGCUUCGAGAUUAGCCGCACCUCGAACUGCUGGUGCUAAUCGAACAGGCAAGCAGCCCAUUGGUAACAAGCGUGUGUCCCAAUCCAAGUUGAUGGUGAAACCAGCUGCCGGCACUGGCAUGACCACGAGUAGACGAAUGCAGACUUCAGCCUGGCAUUUCACUAACUCUCUCAGUGAACUGCUCACAAGAAUGCAAAAUGCACAGCCACACUUCAUCCGCUGCAUCAAGCCAAACAACAUCCAGCAAAAGUCAAAGUUCAUCAUGGACAAAGUGCAGCAUCAACUCAAGUACACCGGGGUGCUGGAAAGCAUCAGGAUACGGCAGAAAGGCUAUUCCCAUCGCAUCCUCUACUCGGACUUCUGCGAGCGCUACAGGAUCAUUGCUUACCCGCUGACGCAGCGUGUUCGACCAGGCUCACAGCCGUGUGACGCCAUCGCCAAGAAGUGCGGCCUUGCCGACUAUCAGCUAGGCAAAACAAAGAUAUUCCUACGCUACUUUCACAUGGACAUCCUGCUGAAGGAGUACAGCAGGUUUGACCAAUCCGCACGGCUGCUGCAAAAGCGUGUGCGGGGAUGGCUAGCCAAACGUGCCUAUCGCAAGAUACUGCAACAGCGACAGAGUGCAGCCAUCACACUGCAGUCAGCUAUCCGUGGCUGGAUACUGCGCCGUCGGUAUCGCCGUCGCAAACAGCGCCUGAUCAAAGCUGUGAUCGGAGUUCAAGCCUGUGUGCGUGGCUGUCUGGUACGGCAGAAUGUCAAGCGAAUGCGACAGGAGCGUGCAGCAAGCAGAGUCAUUCAGAAUGUUGUGAGAGGCUGGUUGACACGCAUACGGUAUAGGCGACUUCUAGCCAAGCGGCAACAGUCAGCCAUUAUCAUACAGACUGGAAUGAGACGAAUGGUUGCGCAGAAGGAACUGAGAAGACGCAGAGAAGCGAAGAGACGCCAGGAGCUUUGGCAGCGAAACAAGGCGGCCAUUGCAAUACAAACCAAUGUUCGUCGUUUUCUUGCGCGCCGCCUGCUGAAGAGACUGAAGGAUGCUCGCCAGCGAGAGCUCCAGCUGCUGCAGAAGCUCCACUCAAUGCGGUCUAGAGCUGCAGUCACCAUUGGCAAAGUGAUCAAGGGAUGGCUGGCCAGGGUCAAGUACCGGAGAUUGCUGGAAAAGCGAUCUCAAUCAGCAAUCGUUCUGCAACGGGUGUACAGGCAACGCAUGCACAGGGCACACUGCAGGGACAUAGUCAGGGCUAAGACACUUGCCAGGAUAGCAGAGGCCGAAACGCUGGAGCGCAAGCGCCAGUCUGUGUUAUCGCAGCUCCUGGGCAGUGUACCAACGCGAGACAGCACGCGCGACAGCCGCAGAGCCAGUACCGGCCGUGGCCUACAAACUAAACCUGAAGCAUCUCAGGUUGCAGUUGCCACCGCGGGAGAAGAAAUCCCGGAGAGGGCAGGAGUGAAUGAUACCGAUGCUGGAGUCACCGUCCCGGAGAGGGCAGGGGUGGAUGACACCGACAGUGCAGUUGCCGGGAGCUCGCGUGGCAGUUCAACAAAGCUCACCAAUGCAUCCAGUGCUAGUAUACAAACCUCAGCAAUAAACAGAGUGUCAGACGAUGAUUCCAAUCAAGACCAGAACACCAAUGCCAACACAACAGUGGCACCUGCACCGCCACAGAGUUCAGUGGAAGACUCUCGAAAACCCGCCAUCCCGACUGCUAAAACCAUCGAGCCAAGCCCGUCGCCCCAUACGCAGCCUGAACGCAGCAUGGUCACAGAAAAGCUGCACUUCAAACGCAAGGAAAGUAUCACGGGCGGCAAGCUUCCCAGAGUAGAGACAUUGCCCAAACCAGCACCGGCAGCACCACCAUGCCAAGUGAAAGAUGACAAGCAGUACAGUAAGAAUGCUUCUGGCAGGGACGGGUUGGUGUUGCCAGCCUCACGCAAACUGGCAAGCGGUCCAGAGAAGCAUGACACUGAUGGCGCAGCAUCAAGCACAGCCGACAGGGACGGUGUUUCCGCUACUCCACUGCCCACCGUGGAUAGUAAGACCAAACAACAACUCGAUGAGAAGAAGUCAGCUGCACCGGCAAUCCAGGACAACUGGACGACGACAACGGUCGUCAAAGAUACGACAACAACAGCGGUCGUCAGGGAUACGACAACAACAACAACGGCAGUCAAGGGUGACGUCUCUCGCAAAGUGCUCGGCUUUCAACAGGCAUCGUCUCAACGCCCCAGCACGAGCAACCAGGGGCCGAGUGAAGGCAAGGCAGCCGCUCAGCAGUCAGCCCGCAACAUCCGUGUCAGUCAGCUCGCCGCCAAAUUCAAUCAAAUCUGGAGUGAGCCAGCAGAUUCGGCAGCAAAGCCACCAGCAGCAGCAGCAUCCCGGCCCACCACACGGCCAGGGAAGCUGACCAGACCUGCCGCCUUUCAAGCUGACCCACUGCAGCAGGCUGGAGAUACAUCCUUUUUGCCACUAGCAACGCAGAUCCGCACGAAAGGCAAGCAGGACCGCAAGAAAGUGGGCUUCUUCGAGUUCACUUUCCAAUGAUGACGAAGUGGUGGUUGAUGAUGAAAGUGGCGGUGCUCAUGGUUGCCAUAACUACAUGACUCUGAGGGAAUUGCCAAGAAUGGAAGUAUGAGCAAUGCCUGUGAGUGUGCUGCAAUCAGCGGUGCAAUGUUCAAUACCAGGCUACACAAUCGUACCUAGGUACAGGCCCCGGGGCUAUGCAUGAUGUGUAGAGUGUUGGUGCUACUACAACAACUAACUACAGCACUGUGCAUGUAGGCUAAUACUUUGUACGGUGUAGUGUACGCUUUACUUGGUGCAAACUGCGAACGCACGAAUUAUUACCAUUCCCAUUUAUCACAUCAGAUAUUCGAAAUUGUAUGCGUACUGCCACCAUGAUUGCCAAGUACAAGGCUCUGAUCUGCAGUCAACUCGUUGCAGAGUUCUCCUGCAUUUAUUUUUAAUUUUUUAAUGUAGUGGACAUGGAAGAUAGCUUCAAACUAACAUCAGUUUGUUUUUAAACUUACUUCAUUGAAAUGUUUGUUGAGUGGCUUGAGAAUUCUUUCUUGGCUUGUUUCCAUGAAUCACAAUUCACAACCAAUGGGUCUAUUUCAGACCUUGUACAGAUGCUCUUUUUUCUAUUUAAGUAAAUUAUAGAAACGUGCCGAGCACUUCAAAGGAUGUUUUGCAGCGACGUCAUGUAACUAUUCAAGUUCUCAAACUGCUAAAACAAGAUCGUAGCCGAAAGCAUUCCAUUACGAUAUGCCCAUGUACUCAUUAUUUAUGAAAAUGGCAUUGUCCCGA